CCAAUUCGCUACGUUUGUUCGCAGCAUAAUCAGAACCUUCUGAUCGGAACAAGCGCGGUUUAUCCCCAAAAUCAGUGCAAGAAAAUGUCCGGCCGUKGAAAGGGAGGCAAGGGUUUGGGAAAGGGAGGAGCGAAGCGUCACCGGAAGGUUUUGAGAGACAACAUUCAGGGCAUUACGAAGCCUGCAAUUCGCCGUCUCGCCCGUAGAAGUUGAAGCAUUGAGUUUCGAACUCGAUGAAGCUCAUUCAGUCUCGUCGAUCGCUGAGAACUCCUAAUCUAGGCAGAAGGAGAUUCAAGAAGUAUUGUACAUGGCGGAGGAACCUCGAAGAGGACUGUGAAAAUGAUUCGCAGUUCAUUUACGCACUCGAACAAAUUGUGCGAGGAAAGCAAAGCUGGAAGAUCGCCUUCRACAACGCAUUCAUUUCAGGGACUUUAAAGCCCCAUCACGUAGAAAAUGUUUUGAUUCGAACUCUCGAUGACUCCAGGUUGGCCUUGAGAUUCUUCAAUUUCUUGGGAUUGCAUAGGAAUUUCCAUCACUCCACUGCCUCAUUUUGUAUUUUAAUUCAUUCUUUGGUUCAGAGUAGUCUGUUUUGGCCUGCCUCUUCGCUUUUGCAAACCCUUUUGCUCCGUGGGCUAAACCCACUGGAGAUUUUUUCGAAUUUUUUGGAAUCUUAUAGGAAGUACAAAUUUUCUUCUAGUUCGGGUUUUGAUAUGUUGAUUCAGUAUUACGUGCAAAACAAGAGGGMAAUGGAUGGUGUUCUGGUUAUAAAUCUCAUGAGRGACCAUGGGAUUUGGCCUGAAGUUAGGACUUUAAGUGCUCUGUUAAAUGCUCUUGCGAGAAUYAGGAAGUUCCGCCAGGUCUUGGAACUCUUUGAUACCCUUGUGAAUGCGGGUGUUAAGCCUGAUAGUUAUAUUUACACGGUGGCGGUUCGAUGCUUGUGUGAAUUGAAGKACUUUAGCAAGGCCAAGGAAGUAAUCAAUCAGGCCGAGUGCAAUGGAUGUGGUUUGAAUAUUGUAACUUAUAAUGUGUUUAUCCACGGGCUCUGCAAGAGCAAGAGAGUUUGCGAGGCUAUUGAGAUCAAGAGAUUGCUAGGUGAAAAGGGUUUGAAAGCCGAUUUGGUUACAUAUUGCACAUUGGUACUCGGAUUGUGCAGAAUACAGGAAUUCGAGAUUGGUAUGGAGGUGAUGGAUGAAAUGAUUGUGUUGGGUUUUGCUCCGAGUGAAGCUGCUGUUUCAGGAGUCAUAGAGGGGUUGAGGAGAAUGGGGAAUAUCCAAUGUGCUUUUGAGUUGCUAAAAAAGGUUGGGAAACUUGGAGUAGUGCCUAAUCUAUUUGUUUAUAAUUCAGUGAUCAAUUCAUUGUGCAAAAGUGGAAAAUUGGAAGAAGCUGAGUCGCUUUUCAGUGUAAUGACUGAAAGGGGUUUGUUUCCAAAUGAUGUCACAUAUAGCAUCUUGAUAGAGGGGUUUGGAAGAAGGGCCGAAUUGGAUGUUGCUAUCAAUUUCUUCAAUAAAAUGGUUGAAUCUGGCAUAAGUGCAACUGUGUAUUCCUAUAAUUCUUUGAUAAGUGGUCAAUGCAAGUUUGGGGACAUGAGAACAGCAGAGUUUUUCUUCAAGGAGAUGGUUGACAGAGGAUUGAUACCAACUGUGGCAACUUAUACUUCAUUGAUAAGUGGAUAUUGCAGAGAAGGAUUAGUACCCAAGGCAUUCAGGAUAUAUCAUGAAAUGACUGGAAAAGGCAUUGCCCCAAAUACUUUUACAUUCACUGCUCUUAUUUGUGGUCUUUGUCAUAUCAAUAAAAUGGCUGAAGCCAGUAAAUUAUUUGAUGAAAUGGUUGAACUCAACAUUCUUCCAAAUGAGGUGACCUAUAAUGUUUUGAUAGAGGGCCACUGUAGGGAAGGUAACACUACAAGAGCUUUUGAAUUGCUGGAUGAAAUGAUUAAGAAGGGCCUAUUACCAGACACAUACACCUACAGGCCCCUAAUUGCUGGUCUUUGUUCUACAGGUAGAGUUUCUGAAGCAAAGGAGUUCGUAAACGACCUUCACCACGAGCAUCAAAAGUUGAAUGAGUUGUGCUAUACUGCACUUCUGCAAGGUUUUUGCAAGGAAGGAAGAAUUAAGGAAGCGUUAAUUGCUCGCCAGGAGAUGGUAGGACGUGGAUUACGCAUGGAUCUAAUAAGUUAUGCUGUGCUUAUAUAUGGAGCUUUGAAGAAAAAUGAUGGAAGGUUGUUUGAUCUUCUGAGGGAAAUGCAUAGUCAAGGAAUGAAACCCGACAGUGUAAUAUACACCACUUUGAUUGAUGGGUACAUCAAAGCAGGAAAUCUCAGAAAGGCGUUUGGAUUUUGGGACAUUAUGACUGGUGAAGGAUGCAUUCCCAACACUGUGACAUACACAACGUUGGUGAAUGGAUUAUUCAAGGCAGGAUAUGUCAGCAAGGCCAAACAACUUUUAAAGCGUAUGCUAGUCGGUGAGGCCUUUCCCAAUCACAUAACUUAUGGUUGUUUUCUGGAUCACCUCACAAAAGAAGGAAAUAUGGAGAAAGCUCUGCAACUUCACGAUACAAUGCUAAUAGAAACUUUAGCAAAUCCUGUCACAUAUAAUAUACUAAUCCGGGGUUAUUGCCAGAUGGGAAAAUUUCAGGAGGCAGCCAAGCUUCUUGAUGGAAUGAUUGGAAACGGUAUCGUUCCAGAUUGUAUCACUUACUCCACAUUUAUCUAUGAAUACUGUAGGAGGGGUAAUGUUGAUGCAGCUAUUAAGAUGUGGGAGCGUAUGUUUAAUAGGGGCCUGAAACCUGAUACAGUAGCAUUUAACUUUCUAAUAUAUGCCUGCUGUCUUACUGGUGAACUAAACCGGGCUCUGCAAUUGCGCGACGAAAUGACGUUGAGGGGUUUAAAACCGACUCGAUCAACAUAUUAUUCCCUGAUUCAUGGGACUUGCUUAACGAGCUAGGUGAUAAUACUUGAUGAAAAACAAAAUGCUAUACGACAUUGAAUAGUGAGGUUGAUACUAGCUUCCAUUGACAAUAUAGUUCGGAAGUAGCAACUCCUAUCGGUUCAAAGAAAAGUUUUUUGGAUUUCGGAAUUGGAAGACCAAGAUAUCUAUUUCUGGUUCAUGGAGUUACUAGGGAAGGGGACCCCGAUACUACAUUUUUUUGCAUUUUUUAAAUUCAACAAAUGUAGGGUGGGUGAUUGAACCUUCAACCUCGAGAAAGGAAAUAUGAGUUGCAUUAUGUAGUGAGCUAUUUUCAGAUGAUAGGCAAGACCCAGACAUUGUAAAUUAUUGGUUCUACCUGUAAAUAGGAGCACUACUGGAAGAUGAUGAGCAAAAUAAAGCUUACAUUUACUUUUAUUUUGA